UGCUAUGCAUAUGUAUUAUUUUAUAAUUAAUAUAUGACGGUGUAUGCUUAUACAUUAUGUAUAUGUAAAUGUAUUGUAGUUUGCGUUGUUCCAUAAAUAUGCAAAUUCGUUUUUAAAUUAUAACGGAAAUAAGCGAUUUGAAGAGGAAGUGUUGGUCAUUUCCCGUUUGUCAUUGAAAAAAUCAAACCUUAAAUGUUACAAAAUUAAUAAAAAAAAAAAAAAAAAAGUAAUGCAUUAAAUCAUAAUAGCAGUGACAACCAAGUAAAAAUGUAAAAUGAAUUAAAAUGAAAUUAAAAAGAAAAAACAAAAUGUACAAAUAUAACUAAAUAGUGCAAGUAAUUUAUAUAGUCGAUCUAAAGUGGCACUUCUUUCAAGAGUCUCUUAAACAAUGAAGGCAAUACAAAAUAUAUGCCUAUUAAAGCAUGUGUAUGCAUAUAACUUUUGCUAAAUAUUUCAAUUGAUUUAAAUGCAUAUAAAAAGUGUUUUGACAACUUUUAACUAAAAAGUUAAAGAAAAAACGAACCGUUUUGUGUUUUUUUCUUUUAAUUCAUUUCAAACUAUAUAAAGUUAGUGCACAUCAUAAAAGAGCAACUCUUUUGUUAAUGAGAAGCAUUUCGUUUUGGCUUUAAAUUUUUAGUCCAGAGAUGCUUAAUUUCCGUUCAUAUAAACUAACGAUUAGUAAAGUUGACGAUGAUGGUGUGGAUGAUGAUGGCAUGCAUUUGUUUACGAUUCUUUACCAUUCAAAAUUGCUGAAGCUUAUAAUGAGCUAUCGUCGCGAGCUGUUUGUAUUGAAGUGGUCGUGGCUGAUGCAGUCACAUAUCAUUUCAACAUUACCUUUAUUCAUGUCAUUAUAAACUAUUUUAUGUAAUAGUAAAAGUUAUAUUUAGCAGUAAUGAAUGUUGACUGGCUCAUAAACUUUUAUCAGCCUGACUAAUAAAUCGAAAAGAGGAUGAUGAAUUCUUCAUAGUCAAGCAGAAAUAUGAAAAAGAUUUCGGACAAUCAUCAUAGAGUUUCCAGUAAAACCGGUUUCAACUGACAGUAUAACACAACGUACUUUAUUUCUCUUUCUUUUUUCUUCUUUUUUUUUUUUUUUACAUUUGCAUUCUAUACAUAUAUAUAUACAUAUGUAUAUAUAUAUAUAUAAGGACUAAAAUAAGCCUGGAAGCUGAAAAGCCUAAUGGAAAAAAAACAAACAAAGAAACACAACCGAGAGACUAACUAACAAAUUAUAUAGAGAAACAUUGUAAUAAAAAACAUAGCGUUUGUAUCACGCUAAGCUAUUAGCAUGCACUGAUGCCACGCAAUCUUCUCACACAGAAGAGGCUUGAAGUAAAAAAAAAAAAAAAAAAACAAAAGACAAAAACAAUAUCACAACUCACAACUGCAAUGAGGAUAAACUCAGCGGCGGCGACCAUCAUGAACAUGAAAAAUAAAGGAUAAGCUGUGGUAAGCAUGGCAGAAGAAUGUGAUACUAAAUCAAAUAGAAACAACAGCUGCAACAUUAUCGUAUUGUUGUGAUUAACAUCAACUGCAAAUUAGUAGACUAUGUAGAGAGAAAAAAUUAUUUUUUUCUUCUUAUUAGAGUUUAAUAUAAGCCGUAAUGAAAACGUGGAAUAAUUGUAUAAAAUAGGUAAGCAAUACUUUGAGUGAAUUUUAAAAAAACAAAAAAAAAAACCAAUCUACAAACAAAAAACAAAACCAAUCUACAAAUAAACAUCAAUCCAAUCGAAUCAAAUCGAAAUUUGAGGACAAAUUGUUAGGUAUCGCAGGCAAAGUUUUUAUAAAAGAGGUAAAGAAAGGAAUCUACGAAGCGAUUAUUUCGCCUUGAACGGAAUUCUUGAAAAGCCGAUAAUUUAUAUGGAUUCGUGGGAGGGAGCGGAUCUCAAGCAAUAUCUUAAGUUUUCUUUUCACGCCUCUAGCGUAUCGCAUUAUUCUUCGUCUUUUUAUUCUUUGAAAUUAUCUGCAGAUUAUGCCUGCAAAUCUAGUGACAGUAGAUACAAUCGCGAUCGAUUAAAGCAAUUUGAGGAUAUUUCAAAGAAAUUUUUCAACUGUUUAUGGACUGGUCUACGCUUACUUUCAUACACAAUUUUAUUGGUCGUAAUAAGCGAUUGCUUAAAAUCAGGGUUUGCCUUGGCCCUCGUAACGGAAAUCGCAGAUCAGAAUCUAUCAAAUACGUCUGAGCAUCUUUUCAAUUCAGAGAUCAUCAGUUUCGAUUAUGUGAAUAACACAAAAAUUAACGACUUAUCAUUAACGUUUACUAAUGGAACAGCAGCUAGAACUUUAGCCGGUCUUAUCACUACAACUCGUUCGACGCAAUUGACGGCUAACGAUACUGAUAUCUAUUUCUCAGAGUUUGUUUUACCUCCGUUCAAUUCUAUCCUGGUUAGUAUUGUUCUAUUGUUUGUGAUUUUAGGCACCAUUGUAGGUAAUGUUCUCGUUUGCAUAGCCGUUUGUAUGGUACGUAAAUUACGCAGACCUUGCAAUUAUUUGCUGGUCUCCCUAGCUCUCUCCGAUCUUUGUGUGGCUGUGCUGGUAAUGCCAAUGGCUUUACUUUACGAGGUAUUAGAGAAAUGGAAUUUCGGUCCACUCUUAUGUGAUAUUUGGGUAUCCUUUGAUGUACUAUGCUGUACAGCUUCCAUUUUAAAUUUAUGUGCAAUUUCUGUGGAUCGAUACUUGGCUAUAACUAAGCCAUUAGAGUACGGUGUCAAGCGUACACCUCGCCGCAUGAUGUUAUGUGUAGCAUUGGUAUGGUUAGCGGCGGCAUGCAUAUCAUUGCCACCGCUACUGAUUUUAGGCAAUGAGCAUGUUGACGAAAGUGGCGAUCCUACCUGUGCGGUUUGUCAAAAUUUCGCCUAUCAAAUAUAUGCGACUCUAGGUUCCUUUUACAUACCACUUUCGGUAAUGCUUUUCGUAUAUUAUCAAAUUUUUCGGGCGGCCCGCCGAAUUGUACUCGAGGAGAAGAGAGCGCAAACCCACCUACAACAUGCACUUAACGGCACCGGCUCACCAACGGGUCACACUAAUUUAGAUUUCGGAGACAAUGGUCAACAUCGCCAUAGCAGUUAUGGUAAUACCUCGCUCAAUUACUCGACUUGCGGUGGCUUGUCAACCGGUCAGGGUGGCGGAAGCGGUUCUAGCGGACUUCUCGGGUCACCGCAUCAUAAGAAAUUACGUUUUCAGUUGGCCAAAGAGAAGAAAGCUUCUACUACGUUAGGCAUUAUCAUGUCUGCUUUUACCAUAUGUUGGCUGCCAUUUUUUAUACUUGCUCUUAUACGUCCAUUCGUAGAAUCAGAAUCUGUGCACGUUCCACAAUCAUUGUCUUCGCUAUUUCUAUGGCUAGGAUAUGCGAACUCAUUGCUCAAUCCCAUAAUAUAUGCGACACUUAAUCGAGACUUUCGUAAACCGUUUCAAGAAAUCUUAUAUUUCCGUUGCUCGAGUCUGAAUACAAUGAUGCGUGAAAAUUAUUAUCAAGAUCAAUACGGCGAGCCACCAUCGCAACGCGUAAUGUUAGGUGAUGAACGUCACGGGGCACGUGAAAGUUUUCUUUGAAAUUAGGCCCUUUAAAUGGAUGGAUAACCUGCCAUGACAAUUCUCAUAUAAAGUAAGCAAUUUUAAGUUAAGUAAAUACUGAACAUUAUCUAAGAGAUAGUAGUUGUUGUCUUUCAUUAACUCACACAUAUAAUAGAUGUACUCUCUCUGUAAAGGUAAAUACGCAAAAUUCACAUCAGUAUAAUAAAAUAAGUGCAAUCCAAAAAAAAAGAAAAAAAAAAAAAAAAAAAAGAACAGAUACAGUUACUCUUAAUGUAAACUAAAUGUAGCUGUGUAUAGAAAAAAUAUUAAACUAAAAGGCAUAAAGACAUCAAAUAUAAGCAAAACCAACGUUCAUUUACAUCGGCAAUGGAUCGUCAAAAUGUAUCUUCUGCUGGUACAUUACGAUUAAAGCUUUUUCCA